CGGCGCCGACUCCCGGGAUUUGUGCGUGUGCUUCUUAACCCGGCUCGGGCCUACACACGAGCAACCAUGUCUAAGGGGCCUGCAGUUGGUAUUGAUCUCGGCACCACCUACUCCUGUGUGGGUGUUUUCCAACACGGAAAAGUAGAGAUAAUUGCCAAUGAUCAGGGAAACCGAACCACUCCGAGUUACGUCGCCUUUACUGAUACCGAACGAUUGAUCGGCGAUGCCGCAAAGAAUCAAGUUGCGAUGAACCCCACCAACACGGUUUUCGAUGCCAAACGUCUGAUUGGACGCAGAUUUGAUGAUGCUGUUGUCCAGUCUGAUAUGAAGCAUUGGCCGUUCAUGGUUGUGAAUGAUGCAGGCAGGCCCAAGGUACAAGUAGAAUACAAGGGAGAGACAAAAAGCUUCUAUCCAGAGGAGGUGUCAUCUAUGGUUCUGACAAAGAUGAAGGAAAUUGCUGAGGCCUAUCUUGGGAAGACUGUUACCAAUGCUGUGGUCACAGUGCCGGCUUACUUUAAUGACUCUCAGCGGCAGGCUACCAAAGAUGCUGGAACUAUUGCUGGCCUCAAUGUACUUAGAAUUAUCAAUGAGCCAACGGCUGCUGCAAUUGCUUAUGGCUUAGACAAAAAGGUUGGAGCUGAAAGAAAUGUGCUGAUCUUUGACCUAGGAGGUGGCACUUUUGAUGUGUCAAUCCUCACUAUUGAGGAUGGAAUCUUCGAAGUCAAGUCUACGGCUGGAGACACCCACUUAGGUGGAGAAUACUUUGACAACCGAAUGGUCAACCAUUUCAUUGCUGAGUUUAGGCGUAAGCAUAAGAAGAACAUCAGUGAGAACAAGAGAACUGUCCAGCGUCUCUGUACUGCUUGUGAACGUGCUAAGCGCACUCUCUCUUCCAGUACCCAGACCAGUAUUGAGAUCAAUUCUCUCUAUGAAGGAAUCGACUUUUAUACUUCCAUCACCCGUGCCCAAUUUGAAGAAUUGAAUGCUGACCUGUUUCGUGGCACCCUGAACCCUAUAGAGAAAGCCCUCCGAGAUGUCAAUCUAGACAAGUCACAGAUCCAUGAUAUUGUCCUGGUUGGCGGUUCUACUCGUAUUCCAAAGAUUCAGAAGCUUCUACAAGACUUCUUCAAUGGAAAAAAACUGAAUAAGAGCAUCAAUCCUGAUGAGGCUGGUAUGCUCAUUCAGGUUUAUGAAGGUGCAUGCAUGACCAAGGAUAACUAUCUGCUUGGGAAGUUUGAACUCACAGGCAUACCUCCUGCAACCCGUGGUGUUCCUCAAAUUGAAGUCACUUUUGAUAUUGAUGCCAAUGGCAUUCUCAACGUCUCUGCUGUGGAUAAGAGUACAGGAAAAGAGAACAAAAUCACUAUCACUAAUAACAAGGGUCAUUUGAGCAAGGAAGACAUUGAGUGUAUGGUCCAGGAGACUGAAAAGUACAAAGCUGAAGAUGAGAAGCAGAGGGACAAAGUAUCAUCCAAGAAUUCACUUGAAUCCUAUGCCUUUAACAUGAAGGCAACUGUUGAAGAUGAGAAACUUCAAGGCAAGAUCAAUGAUGAGGACAAACAGAAGAUUCUUGACAAGUGUAAUGAAAUUAUCAGCUGGUUUGACAAGAAUCAGACUGCAGAGAAGGAGGAAUUUGAACACCAGCAGAAAGAGCUGGAGAAAGUCUGCAAUCCCAUCAUUACCAAGCUGUACCAGAGUGCAGGCGGCAUGCCAGGAGGAAUGCCUGGGGGAUUCCCUGGUGGUGGAGCUCCUCCCUCUGGUGGUGCUUCCUCAGGGCCCACUAUCGAAGAGGUUGAUUAAGGCAGCCCAACUGUAGAUGUAGCAUUGUUCUACACAGUUAACAUUGAAGGACCCAAAUUAGUAGCAAAUUCUGUGGCAGUUUUUAAAGUUGAGCUGCUAUAGUAAAUUACUGGGCAUUCUUAAUACUUGAAUAUGGAACAUGUGCACAGGGGAAGGAAAUAACAUUGCACUUUAUAAGCACUGUAUUGUAAGUGGAAAAUGCAAUGUCUUAAAUAAAACUAUUUAAAAAUUGGCACCAUAAAAAAAAAAAAAAAAAAAAAAA